CCCAAAACCCGCCCGGGGAAAAUUACUUCCCCUUUCAAAAACCAAAAUGGCGGUGUGAGUCCGUUCUUUAUUUUAUGGCGCCCAAACAGAGCGCCAAGCGAAGAAAAAUCCAUUCUUCAUGCGAUGCUUCUCUCUACACAACACAUCAAGUACAGAUCACAUCAUUUUUCGGAAAUUCUAAGGAAAUUUCUCCAGGAAAACAGUCAAACCUUGCAGUAAAAAGCAAGGAAGAGAGAAAGAGGCCAAGAGACGAAACCACUGUAUUCCCACAGAAAAAAAUGGGUGAUAUGAACGGCAAAAUGCCCACGAGCAAACUGUGCUGGAAUCGAGCAACUAAUAGCGAAAUAGAAACUGGAGAAGCAAUCAUUUAUCAAAGCUCUGCAGGGUUUAAUGGCCUCCCGGAUGAGCUAAUUGAGAAUAUUCUCUGUCAAUUACCGAUCUUCGAUCUAUUGCUGCGCUGCUCCUUGGUUUGCCACAGAUGGAAUAACAUCAUUGGCUCUACCAAGUUUAUCCCUAUGAAAAAAAGGUAUGCACUGCUGUUACAUAAUGACGAGCAAGCCACCAAUCAGAUCAAUGAGUUCCUGAUCAGCUUCAAUCUGAUUGACAAGCCGCAAGAGAUGGCACGCAACCUGCCAUUGAAUUUUGUGAAUUUCCGCUCUCACAAUGAGAGCCUGAGGAGAGGCCUGAAAAGUCAUUCCAAGUACUACCUUGUCAGGGGGUUCCUCAAGUCAAGUAAAGAGAUGAAGAGAACAGUAUCUGGCGAUUCCCCCACUCUAUUAUUUACCUCUUAUAUACAGAGUAUAAGGCAUAGUCCAUGGUCAGUGGUGGCUCUCCUCACUCUUGUGUCCUCCACCGUGGGCGAUAUCACUGAGAUCAUCAAUUGUAUGCUGGGUCCAUUCACCAACUGUCUAAUCAUUGAGGUUAUUGAAUGCCUGUACGCCUUGGCGAGUAUCUACCUUGAGCUCAAGAAACAGAACAGGGUGGUGUCAGGACUGCACUACCGCGUUUUCUACGCCUUGUACCUGUUUGAGAAUGCCUUCUCUGCCACGUGCAGUGCACUGCAAGGCUCAUCAAGCUUGUCAGGGUGUUCUAGUGGUCAGCAAUCAAUUCAUAGAUACAGAUCGGCAAGUGACUCUGUCCGUCUUACACAUGAGCAAGUGCAGGUUGUCAAGCAUGACUUUAAACCCAUGGAAGUCAUCAAAAUCAUAGCUUUUGCAGGAACAGGAAAGACUACUACUCUUGUUUACUUCACCAAACUCCGUCCUGCAAUGCGAUUUCUUAAUGUGGCCUACAACAAAUCAAUCCAGCUUCAGGCGGAGAAGAUGUUCCCUCGCGCUAAUGUGGAGAACCGAACGAUACACUCCCUAGCGUACAGAGCAGUGGGCUACAGAUAUAGACACAAGAUGAUAAGCUCAAUCAAAAUCAGUGUGGUCAGUAGUGCGUUGCCAAGAGACCCAAGCAACUAUGGCAACACCUUCCUGCAUGCUAAACGUGUUGUGGACACCCUAACAAACUACAUUGCAUCAAACCGACAAACCAUCACUAACACUGAUGUACCACCGCGGAAAAUUAGUGUUCAAGAAAUGCUGGACCCGAAGCAGAAAUACUUUGACUCUGAUGAGUACAUACAUUCUGUGACAAGAGAUGCUGCAGCUAUCUGGGAGCGCAUGUGUGACCCGGAUGAUUUGGAAAUGCGCAUGACUCACGACGGAUACCUUAAGCUGUACCAGCUUUCAAACCCUGUUAUUGAUGGCUACGACUGUCUUCUCAUUGAUGAGGCUCAAGAUUGUACUCCAGCCGCAAGUGACAUCCUGCUGCGUCAACCAUGUGCCAAGAUCCUAGUAGGAGAUCCAUACCAGCAGAUUUACGGCUUCAGGGGCGCCAAGAAUGCCAUGGAGAUGGUCCAGUCUACUCGUACCUUCUACCUCACACAGUCAUUUCGGUUUGGCCCUGAGAUUGCAUAUGUUGCUAACUGCAUACUGGAGUCGCUAAUGGGUGUCCAUCGCAAAACGCUAGUGGGAGGAGCCAAACCAGGGGGUGUGUUUGGGGACAAAGUCGGACAAGUUGCAGUCAUUUGCAGGACAAACUUCACCCUGUUCUCCGAAGCAGCCCGGCUUUGUCGACAAAAAAGCAAUGUCAAGGUUGGAUUCGCCGGGGGUUUGGCAUCGUACAACCUCGACCGCAUACUGGACAUCUACAAGCUGUCUAUGGGAGGCACGUCGGGUAUAAAGGACCCGUUUAUCAAGCGCUUUAAGUCACUGUUGGCUCUCAGGCAGUUCGCGCAGAAUGCCCCAGAUCCUGAACUCAUGGGUAAGAUCAAGAUCGUGGAGACACACGCGCUUAUUGUCCCUGAAUGUGUAGCCGCCAUCAGAAGCAAAGCAUGCUCAGCCAUGGAACGAGCCGAUAUCGUAUUUUCUACGGCACAUAAGGCAAAGGGCCUGGAGUUCUCCACUGUCAGAGUGACCGAUGAUUUCUCGCUAGAGGCGGAUUUCCCUGGCGCGGAAGUUGACCCAGAUGAGAAGAAUCUUCUAUAUGUCGCCGUCACAAGAGCCAAAAAACGCCUGCUCAUGAAUAGAACUUUACUACGGGUGCUAAAGACGAGAGGAGAAACCUUUUGCAGUCCUUGUAACUCAAGUGCAAUAUCAGAGGUUUCAGACGCUCUUACGGAAUGCCUCAAGUGCCACGCCCCAUUCACUCAAUUGCCGGAUAUAGUCUUGGAGCGGCCUCGGAUUAUAUUGGGCGAGGAGAUAACAGUUUCUGAAGGACUGUACUGCUGGACAUGCGCAGUAGAAGUGUCUCCUCACCUUGCCUGCUUGCUCACGCGACCCCCUAGUAACGAGCACUCCUAGACACGCGAUGAGCGGGUCAUGAAUGGCGUCAACCCCUAGUAACAAGGGAUCCUGGUCAUGCAAUAACUGCAAUAAGCGGGUCACGCAUGGCGUCAACCCCUAGUAACGAGCGCUCCUUGUCACGCAACCGGUCGAUCCUUGUCACACAACCGAGCUCCUUGUCACGCAAUAAGCAAAUGAUGCCCCAAGUCACGAAAUGGGCCCACCUUCAACGGCCUCCUAGAAAAGAGCGGUCCUACCCUAGUAAUGGACUGUUAAUUAAUGGCAUUCCCUGGGCAACUACUGCCCCAGAACGGCUGCGAGGGAGACUGCCGCCCCUGGUACAGUGCUCUAGUCUUUCACGCUUGAAUACCUCCACUCAAAUGCUACGCGCAUGUUAGUCUCCUAGCUACUAGGAGCCCCCAGUCAAGUGAUUGGCUGGUCGCAUAUUAACCUGGUCACGCAAGACUGUCUCCUAAUAACGUGCGCAACCUGGGUCACGCAAUUGAUCAAGUCACGCUUAAUGACCUCCCGUCACAGCCUUGCAAUUAGAAGCGAAUAUUUUCUGACAUUUUCCACUUGAUGAUGAUUAUUUACAGUGCUCCUGUUUAUUGUUUUAGAGAAAAAAAUAUAUAAUUAGAAGGAAAAUCAAUCAAACCAGUUAAAGUUCUUGUUUUUUAAAUAUUAAUUAGCGCACCGCCGUGCCACGUUUCGAGAGAAAAUGUAAAAUAGAGAGUGCAACAAAGAUGGGGAAUAAAAGGGGAGGGUUUUGGAAAGCACUCUUUUAAUGAAUUAUAAUCGCCAAUAAAAAUUCCAUUUUGAAUGGCAUAACUCUA